CUCGAUAGCGCUUCGCAUGAAGUGUUUCGAAACACUUUGUAAUGGUUAUUUGAUGAAUACGUGGGUGUCAUGAGACCAAGGGUACUAUCGGUCGGUGUCAGCACAGAAACCAGUAUAGCUGUUGAUUACGGUUGGAAAGGACUUAUUGCUCUUGGAAGUUUCACCAACAUACUUAUAGUUGACCCUUGUUUCAGUAAAUCUUUGCAGUCACUUCAGGGGCACCGCGCUAACAUAGUGAAUGUUUUAUGGGCUCCUGAAAAUUACUAUCAUGAUGAUAAAAACCCUUUUCAAUUAAAACUUGCCAGUGUUGACGCGUCUGGAGUAAUAAUUAUUUGGGAUGCUACUACGUCCUCUGCGACCUCAGAGUUUCGUGAGCCAGAUUCACUCGUUUUGGAUAUAUUAUGGCUACCAAAUCAGUGGGUUUCACGUGAUUUGUUAGCUGUUCUCCACUCUCGUGGUAGAUUCAUUAUCUGGAACACACAAACCCAAACAAGAUUGUGGAAGUACUCUUUUGGAGACGAUGUGGUUUCUUUUUCUUUGGAUAUAUUCUCUAAUUCAAAGAUGAUUUUUUGCUCAAAGGAAUAUUUCAUUGUGGAAAAUUUCAAUGUCACUUCGUGUGCCUUUGGAAAAGGCAGGAAACUAAACAUCUCUGAGGCUGGUAGUAACAAGUGUUUUGUUAAUGAAAUAAACUCACAUGGGACAACAUCAGGAGAAACGCCAGUAAAAUUAUCGUACAGUGAACAAAAGGUCAGCCCGGGGAACUCUGGAAGGGCAUGUGAUUCUUCGAGUGAUAGUGCGAGAACAACAUCUAUUAGAACAUGUUUGCAGGUUACUUACCAUCGAUAUCACAAGGACUGUGCGCUGUUUGUUUUUAGGAGGGAGAUUAUUAUUGUGAAUCUGGGAUUGAUCCGUCCACUUCAUGUCAUUUAUCUAGAUCCUUCUUGGCCUUCUUUCUCACGUGUGAGUCAAUUUAAUUUAUGAGUAUUAACGAUCCUGAAAGUGAUCUUUUAGUUUCGUAGUUUUGAGGCAGACCGUUUCUAGGCGCCCAUAAACUUAGAUUUCUCCCAUAUCUUAGCAUAACCCUUCGAUUAACAGUAGUUAUAUUUUACGGAAUGUCAAACAUCUAUUAUAGUCCCAUCCUUCUCAAAUAUAUGAAAGCUUAUCCACCGAACUCAUUUUUAGUAUUUAAUAUUCGAGAAAAGUAUAAAUUACUGAGUAUUUCUUUUGUUCAUCGCAGAAGGGGUAAUUUUGAUCGCUCGAAGAAUCUUGGGUGGCUUUGAAUAAUCUAUUUUUUAAAGAAAACAACGCACCAAUACAUUAUUUUAUUUACUGUUCAUCAUGCUUAUCACUACACAUAAAUUUAUCACUACAGAGGCAGAUAUUCAAUACAUGAAAAUUUAUGAAUGUAUAUUUGCCAUAUUUCUCGUAAUUUUUAAUUUUCGUUAUCUGUAAAUGUCGCAGUCUGGUUGCAUAAGAGCAAAAUUUUGUUUUCUGAGAGGCUUUAACGUGGAAAGCAUAGCUAGAGACUGUUAGAAUAAGGAAUAUGUGUGGUUAUAUUUGUAAGCAUAUUUCUGAUUUACAGGUUUAUUCUUGCACUCAACGUGAUGUCAUCAUUUGCCUACAUGAAAAUGGUAAUUUAAGCGUAUAUGCUUGUCGUGGUCUUGCUUUAGCAGCAGAUCCUUCUCUUCAUCCUUCUCAUUUACUGCGAAAACCUAGUAAAGAAUCUUCUGAUAUCCACGCUGAUAACAGCUGCACUUAUGUUCUUGUUGCAACUGCUGCUUCUUCUAGACGCCCAAAACAAGUACAUCAUGUUAAUUUUUCUGUGGACCAAAUGAAUGAGUUGAAUAUUGUCGUAGCUUCAAUUGAUGGGCGUUUCCAGGUAACUCUUAGUAACAUUUGUAAAAUGUUCAUUUCACUUUUGAUAGUUUUUACUUUGUGGUUUAACGUGUUGUAACAAUGAUUCCUAGUCAGAUCCUGUAAAUCUAAAACCAAAUUAAUUUACGAGAUAGUUUUAGUUUCUCUUGACGUAUCAGAUGAUUGCUGCUUGUCUUGCAACUGUUCUACUUAUCAAUUUUGCCAGUAGUUAUAAGAUGGUUCAUGGUCAUGCAAUCGUGAUACUUUAGUGAGGAUGGCUGAAACUGUUUCCAACAUUCUCAUUCCUUUAUUGUUUUAACUGUUUAGUUGAUUCGUAUUAUGAGCGGUAGCUUAGCAGUUAAAACAUUUAGCUUUUAACUUUUAGGUCUCAGGUGAGAACUCCGCUCCAUCUACUUCGAUUUAGGCAGACGCGUAUUACUGCUAACACCCAAGUAAACAGAUAAUUAAAUCAGAUACUCAAGUUUGUACUUAGGGAGUGAGUUACGUGAAUAUAAUUCAUAUUAAAGUGGAAGUAUUAGUGCUUAGAUUAAUACACAAUUUUAUGUGGAAAUCACUUCAGGUGUUUAUAAAGUGUAAAAGGAUUGUUUACAUCUUGAGACAAUUAUAAUUAUUUUUUUUCUGAUUUACUUUAAGUUUAUAACUUUUCAAGUCCAGUUCACUAUCACAUUGGAGUUAAAAGACUGAAUUCAUGUUAUUUUUUGAUUAUAAUAAUGCUUAAGCACAUAUUUUAACUUAUAGUCUAUGGAAAACUGUAGGUUCUGUUAAUUAUGUAAAUAAGACUAGGUCUUGGCUAAAAUUAUGUACGUAACAUUAUGCAGUAUACACUAAACUAUUAUGUAACAUCCACCACCAAUAUACAAUGAGGUUUUGAGAGUGUAGUAGUCAUAGUCGUUUUAUCUCAAUAUCCCCUGUUAGUUCGUGUGUGGAUAUAUAUCUAACCAUCUAUUGAUUUUCAAAGUUUUGGCAACUGCGAGCUGUUCGAGACCCAACUUUUUGUGAUGAAGAGGUGAAACCAAUUUGGAGCCUUUCAGAUCUGCUACCACAUGCACCUGUUGUAGAUAAGCCUCCAAUGAAGUUGUAUCUCGAAUUAAAUGGCCUAUACUCUCCAAGUAGAUCAGAGCCAACACUGUGUCGCGUAUGUCCACCGAAUCUGAUGGGACUUUCAAUGGUAGACUCAAUUCGUGGUCCAUUAGUGUCUGUUGGGAAUAAUCGUGGUGACAUCCAGAUUUGGGAUGUAUCAUCAGCUAUAUUAUGGCGUGAAUAUCGUGUACUACCGGUACCUAUCAAAGGAAUUGAAUGGAUAGCAAUACCUCGAACAAUUUAUAAAAAUAAACAAAUCAGUGAAGAUUCUUCGAGACCAUCAUCAUGUGAAUAUUCAUUAGGUUUAAUUGUUCAUGGUUGGCAAUCCAAAGAUGGUCACCAAAGUUCUCUUACUGAAAAUUCAUCGAAUAGAACAAAUACAAUAGGAAGAAAUUUUGUUACUACACUGGACUUAUCAACAGGUUAUAUGCGUAUAUUUCGUGAUAUUUCAAAUCAAAAUAUUGACAAGACAGGUCCUCGCAUAGGAAUCAGUGUUCCCGGUAGUCAACUUUUAUCUGGAUCCAACGAUCAAGAAAAUCUUUUUGAAGGACCAAUUGACAUUCUUUGUGUUAGCCACUUAAAUCAAUACGUUGGUAUAGCAAUUCGUAAGAGUCCGGUAGAAAUAUGGAAACUAUCUACUUCUUCUUUAAUAGUUAAACUACCUUUGCUACCGGAUAUAACAGCUGUUGCUUUGGACUGGUGUCAUUCGCCAACGAAAUAUCAACGAAGUCGUAAGAUUUCAGACAAGAGUUCUAAAUCUGAGGACUAUGUUCAUUCAAAAGAAUCUGCUCGUACUCGUGAAUCAUGUAUUAUAUACACUUCGGAUGGUAAUAUUCGCUUGAUUGCAGUGAAUAAUGAUUCAGUAGAUAGCACUUCAGUUUCAAAUACAAUGUAAAAUACAUUAUUUACUGAUAUAUACUGUUAACAAUGUUAUGAAUAGCCACUCAGGCUUUUCACUAGGUGUAACAUGUGUAAUCGCAACCAAAGAUACCAGCUUAAACAAUUAUUAAAUAUUAUUUAGGGUAUUGGUACAUAAUUGUGUAAACGUCAGCAUAAGCUAUCGUUAGAACAAAUAAAAUUAAAAAAAUAUGAAACUAUAGUUUCAUAAGUUAAAUGUCAAAAUAAAAGAUAAAAAUAAAAUAAUUAGAAAGUGGAUUGUUAAAGGUAUCACUGUAUGUAAAAACACAACUAGAAUAUAGAAUAGAUGGAAUGUGGUUAGCAUUAAAAUCCAGAACGUACGUUCCGUCCUAUUUAGAACCCGUUAUUUGGAUAUACCUGGAUCCCGGAGUUGAUAUUUACUGAGGAACUUACAUUUUGUGCCAUUCGCUUCAAAUGCCAUUGCCUUAUCCACUUAGUUAUUGAGUCCAGAUAGCCAAUCAUAAUAGCCACUCAACAACGCAAUAAUUCAAAACCAUUUCAAAUUUAAUUAAACAACUAGAAUAUCAUACCACAGAUAUAGUCAGGGAGUAUCUUGAAAUCGGCGAGUCUUUAUAAUGUGUUAUACGUGGGAUUGUGUGUGCUCAUGAGGUUGUCUACCAUUAUCUUAUCUCUAUAAAUUUUAUUCUUUAUGUCCUUCAAAAAAUUUUUGUGAGAUAAAACACUACUCAGUAGUUGAAUUCAUGGAUACGUAUUUGACUAUCAGUUGAUUUAUCACUAAUUUCCAACCGGUGCCAUGUUUUUCUAGGUCUUAGUGCCUGUUGAAUUCAGUUGAUCAAGAUGCAGUCUAGUUAACGGUUUAAAAAACGUGAUAUCGCGUUCACUAUGUUGAGAUACCAGGUGGUUGGAAACAGAACAGUUUCCUAUCGAAUAACUCCAUUUGCCUAACAUUUGACUAUAUUGUAGGAAUUGUCAUUAUCUCUGUUUAAAAACAUUCUAAAUAUGUACGACAGUUAAUUAAACUUUUCGCCUUCUCGAGUUCGUCAAUUGUGUGGUAUGUUUACUUCACUCUGUCAAAAGUAAACCGUAAAUUUGGAUUAUUUACAUCAUAGUUAAGUAUUCGUUUGGACUGUACAAUACAUUUCGUUUAUUUCAGAUACUUUAUCGUCCAAUUUCUCUACGCCAAUUUUUUUCUUAAUAAUACAAUUUAAUAAAGAACUCAGGGCAGCUCGCAUUUGCAUCCCAGGUGAAGACCGGUGUCAAACAAAGCUGCUUACUCUCUCACAUUCUCUUUUAUCUAGUAGUUGACUGAAUUACAUAAAACCCACAUUUCAGGGCAUGAAUGGAUUGCAAUGGAUAGCUCGAAAUCAUCUAGAAGAGUUGAACUUCGCAGAUGACCUGGCCAUUCUAUCCCAUACGCACGAACAAAUAUAGACGAAGACAGCUAGUCUAGCAGUAGCUUCUGAAGUAAUAAGCCUCAACAUACACAAGGGGAAAACCAAGAUCCUCAAAUGCAACACGGAGAACAAUCCAAUCUCACUUGAUGGAGAGGCUCUGGGAGAUGUGAAAUCUUUCAUGUACCUGGGAAGUAUCAUUGAUGAACAAGGAGGAUCCGAUGCAGACGUAGACGUAAAGGCAAGGAUCGGCAAAGCAAGAACAGCAUUCCUAAAGUAAAGGAAAUAUAGAUCUCAAAACAACUAUCAGCCAACAUCAAAGUAAGAAUAUUCAAUACGAACGUCAAAACAGUUAGUUCUACCGCACGGAGCUGAAACCUGAAGAACUACUACAGCCAUCAUCAAAAAGGUAUAAGUAUUUAUAAACAAUUGUCUGCGUAAGAUACUGAAUGUCCAUUGACUGGACACCAUCAGCAACAGCCGACUAUGGGGGAGAACACACCAACUCCCAACUGGGGAAGAAAUUAAGAAAAGAUGUUGGAAGUAGGUAAAACAAACAUUGAGGAAAUCAUCAAACUGCAUCACGAGGCAAGCUCUGACUCGGAAUCGUGAAGGGAAACAGAAAAGAGGAAGGCCAGAGAAUACAUUGUAUCGGGAAUUGGAAGUCGAAAUGAAAAGGAUGAAUAACAAGUGGAAAGGAUUGCUCAGGACAGGGUUGGAUGGAGAGUGUUGUUGGGCGGCCUAUGUUCCUCCACGAGGGGUAACAAAUGUAAGUAAUUAGGUGGGUGCUAUAUUUGAGGAGAUUACGGUACUACCCUAAAACCGGCGAAGUAGACGAGUGUCAACAACACGACAAUAGGACAAGCCAUUGCUCCCCUGCGCCCUAACUAGAUGGAGAAAACCAGAUUCAACCAAGGGAUAUGUAUAUUCAACAAGCAGCCAGGAGCACGAAUGAGCAGACACAUAACUCAGGCGUAUAUCUACUGUACAAAAAUGUUCUUGGUAAACUUCACAGAAUAGCGUACUAAAAAAGGGAACGAAUCAAUGACAUUUAAGGUCCUUCCAAAAGGAAACUACAAACUAAAGAUAAAGUUGGCACUUUUGGCGCGAAAAUGAGAAAUUCAAAUUUCCAAAAUAAAAUUACAAAAAUGAGACGUUUAGCAAGUAAUUUCUGGGGAUCUAUCAUCUCCAACAAGGGGUAAGUAAGUAAGCAAGCAGAAAACACAUCAGUUAGUUAUUAUUUUUUAGUUUCAAAUCAUUUUACAUUUAAUAUGGUUUAUUAUUAUUUUAGUUUAUCACAUAAUUGCGAACACAUUUUCUACGUUUUUUAUUUGUAAAAUUAUAGUUUAAACGGUCUACCAACUGUUAGUUUAAAUCGAAUUAAUUCAGUUGCUUGGUUCUCUGAUUUGGUUGCUUUUGGCACUUUAGAUGGUUUUGUAGCUGUUCGAGAUUUACAUAGUAAAAGAACAUUGUUUAGAACAACUUGUUCAAAGUCACAAUCAAAUUAUUUUGAUCAAGCCCUUGGUACCUUUAAUGAACAAUAUUUCGACCCAGAUAUAAUGUUGGAAACAAAUACUCCUGUUGUACAUCCUUCAUUGAAUAUUCGACGUUUAUGUUUUACACCGGGUUUAUCGACUUUUACUCGACUUCUUAGUUUGCAGUUUGAUUCCGUAUGUGUUUGGGAACCAAGACAGAUGCUCCUUUUAUGUAUGAUUGAAUUCGGUGUAUCAGUUCAUCAUUCCUUAAUUUGUGCUGAUUGGGUUUCUGUUGUUACUAAAUUAUCAGAUAGAGCUUUGUGUAUUCUUUUGGGUGGAGAUGGUGCUUUACGACUUGUACAAGCUGGUCAAGCUAAUUAUGAAAUGACAGUUGUUAAUUAUUCCAAUCAGUCAGUAAACCUUGGGAAUACAAUUACUCGUGGAACUACUUUACAAGAUCCGAUUUCAAAAUUUUACAUUCAAAGUCCAUUGCCAGAUAGACCUGACAUUCAAGAUCCUGUUUUAGUCCCGUCGUUACUUCCAUCCAUCACUGCCCUAAAUAUUCGACAUCUCUUACAACAUCAACCGUGGUGUAAAAAGUCUCAAAAUAUCCCUUCGAUUAAAAAUGAGAAUUUAUUGAUUGAUAUAGCUUCUAGUUCUCAAGCGUUAACAUGCGAUCAGACUACCAUAGCUAAUACUGAAUCAGACCAAAGCUCUUAUUCUAGUAGUGACUGUUCUCUGCUUGCUCCUGGUUUUGCAAAGAUUCAGAAUUCUGUAAAUAUAUUCCUAUAUGGCCUCAAAACAAGACAUGAAUUAUCUACCAGUUUUAUGAACUUGUCGAAUACUACCAUUAUUGAACGUUGUUUAUGGACUGCUCAAUUAUUUGGCGAUGUAUAUGAAGUAAAAUUUUGGCGAUUGGUUGCAAAUCGUUUACUAUACAAAAAAGCUUUACAUCACAAUCCACAACAAUUAAAUAGCCAGUUAUGGUCUCGGUAUUUUUUAGAUUUAUCUUGGGAUUUUUUAGCUGACUGUGAUUUAUAUCGUCAGAAUGUUGAAAAAUUUAUAUCAUAUAUGGAAAAGUCGCAUAAUUCACCUACUGAAAUUAUGGAUUGUGUUAAUACACUGAUUAUGGUCGGUCAACAGGAUCGUGCAGUUUCUUUACUACUGGAAACACCUGCAGAUUCAAGUAAUUAUUCUAUAAAUAUGUAUCGUGCUUGUUUGUUUACGGCAAAUAUUGCUAGAAAAUCUCUUCUGUCCGAGUCUAGCGUAAAUCAACCAGCAGAAGAUAAUUAUUUAAGUGUAAUAAAAUUAGUUGCUACAAAUUUACUUUCUAAUGGAAAAAUUAAUGAUGGUAUUGGUUUAUUGUGUCUUAUUGGCUUACAAGUUGAUGCAUGCCGUUACUUAGAAUCGUUCGAUCGAUGGGAUCGUUCUGUAUGGUUAGCUAAGUGUACAUUAUCAAUUGAAGAACAUGAUAAAGUAAUGAGACGUUGGGCGUCCUAUUUAGCUUCAUCUCAGGUUAAUCGAAAAGAUUUAGCUAUACUCAUUUAUGUUUAUUUAGAAGAUCAUUCUAAUGUCUUAAAGUUACUUUUUAAUCUUAAACAAUAUCAGUUAGCAGCUAGAUACCUGGAAGCAUGCCGUGAAUUAAGCCUGUUGGAUACAACUAAAGAAACAGAAUCAUUUUACGAGUCAAUAUUUUUGGAAUUCGGUUCAUUUCUAAUAAAACUUGGUCAUCAUGAAGCUGCUAUGUAUUAUUGUAAUUUAGCUGGAAAAAUGGCUGAUUCAUUAAAAGAAGAAAUAGAUUUUCUUUUGUCGUAGAAUAAACUUUAAACUGACAAUAACAUUCAUCAUCAUUUUUGAACUUCAUGAUGGUGAUGAUAAGAAACCAAACAAUUUUUGCCAUUUCCUUAAUCUCAUAUUUUCUUUUCUGUUCAUUCCUCAUUUAUUUUAACCAAAAAUACGAGUGGAUAUUGUUGACUGUGAUAGAUAGAACAAUAUAUAUAAUAAAUUAUUUGACUUGACUAAUAUUAUAUUCCGUUUUGCACCUUUUUUUGUAUUUUUUUUUACUUGCCAGUAUAUAUGUAUGUGUGUGCGGAUAAAACUAUUUUUCACUUUUUUUGUAUUUCUAUUUUGUUUUUUUUCAAAAAGUGUAUUCUCAACUUUCCUGCCAACAUUUCAAUUUUGUUGUUUUGAAUUUUGUUUGUAUCGUCGUUUUUCUUCUGUUUUCUAUUUGUUUAUAUAUUUUAAAAGAGAAAGAGGAAAUAAUCAUUUCUACGUGUGAUUUUCGUUAGUAUUCUUUAUUCAACUUUUUGUAUUCAAUUUAUCGAUAUAACUGUUAUCGUAUGAAGUGUGACGUCGAACACCACAAGUUGUUUGAAGUUAAACACGUAGACCGUUGGUUGUUGUCUCAGUAGUUUAAAGAUUAAGCACUCCCUGCCAGUUUUGAUGAUUGUAGUUUCGAUCCUCUAAGGAGUUUUUAGAUGCGCACUAUUUUUGAGGAGUCUCAUAUUGGACAAAUCAGCUGUCCACUACUUCCUAGUUCUGUGUUCUUGUCUUACUUAAGCCGGUUCUUAUUUCCAAUAAACUUUUGGAUUAGUUUUUUUCCUCAUUCCCAUCGUUAGGUAUGAUUUGUAUUGCUAUUCAAGUUCGAUGCUAGAUGACAGCAUGAACCAUACAUUUUUCAAUCGUCUAAUAAAUUUCUCAUAUUCUAUGACCAUGAUAUUAACAGUUAGGGACUGAGAUUAAUCAAAACGGUUUUGAGGAACUUAAUUUAUCGCCCAAUCAGCAACAAAAGUGGUUGAAAUUAUACUCAAUGAAAUCUCGUUCUGUCCAUAGUUGAGUUGAGUGUUUUAUUAUUUCGUUCUUUUUUAAUAAUAUAAGGAUACAAAUUCUACUGAUAUCAACUAACAUUACUAAAUUUGUCAAAGUGAAUUGUUAUCAUGUUUAGUCAUGUCGUGUAGAUCUAGUUUGGGCUUUGAACUGAAGACAGAGGUUUUAUUUUUUAGUUGAUCUUUGAAUUGCUAGAGUUAGAUGUAUAAACCACUUGGUGAUGACAUUUUUUGUAUUUUCACAGCAUCGGUUUCGUUGAUCUAAAUGUUGACAUUAAGUGUUUGAUAUGAAGUAAGCAAAUAUUUUAAUUAUUUGUGGAUUUAUUUAUUAUUAGAAUCUGAGCUUUCGUUACCUCAAAUAGUUUCAAUACUUGUUGCUUGUAAGAUAUUUUUCCACUGAAAUACGAAUUUGCGAAACUGAUUGGUUUUUAUCAUCACCUUACAUAGAAUAAUAUCUCUAGUACGUCUUUAAUUACAAAAUCUCAGAAACGUAGAUUUUAUUAAAGGAUCUAAUUUCCGCAAUUGAUACUUUAUCUAUUAUCCUUGUCUUUAUUUGGUGUGGUCGUUACGAAUGCUCACCGAAGAUCAAACUAGCGAUUAUGCUCAGAACUUUUGGGUACAUUCAGACCACUAAGUUGGCAUUCAGCAGUUUACAUUUACUAGCUUCAAUUGAUCCUAUAUAUUACUCAGCCAAUGUCAUCGGUAGGUAACUGCAUAUUAGUGCAACCUGGUUUACAAUAGUUGUUUAAAUAGGUUCACUGCAUGAUGUGAAAUACGAAAUUCUACAAUCUCCACAAAUCCCUUAUACAAGUUCGAGUUUAUGAAACUGCAUCAUCAUUGAUGCCUACACUCUGGUUCAUAUUUUUAGUUCUUUGCGUUAUGCUACUUUUCAUUAAAUAGUAGUUUGAAAUGUAAUCAAUCAUUUACUUAGUCUUUUCCGCAACUAGUGUUAUCUCAGGAUUACAACGAAUCAAUUUUUCAUAUGUUAGUGUUUUUAUUGAAAGAUCUAUCUGUUUCCUGAGGGUAGUGCCUAGUUUAUUUUCGUUAAUUAUAUUCUUGUUUGAAAUGGAGCUGUGACUGGUGAUUUGUUUUAAAUGCUGUGAAGUUUUUCAACCUGAAAUAUUCACUGACUCUGUUUCGCAUCUAAGCAUCUUUCAAAACUAAGAAGAAGUAAGUUACAACGAAUGUUAUCCAAUGUUAUUUUCUAGAAUAUAAGAUAAUGGAAUCAUGCUUUGUUAGCUAACCUCCCAGAUAAUGUUUAGAAUAAGAUAUUAAAUUGAACAGCGUUAAAAGAAAUUUAACAACAGUUUAUACAUUCGCUUACUAUCCUAUCCAAAUAAGUUUUUCGGUUAGUUAAGAUAACUAUAAUCUGUACAUACAUUCGAGUCAUAGUUGACUUAGAUCCGGUGGAAUAGAUUUUUAUCCCAUUUAAUUCAUUACAAUAGAGACAGUGUAAAU